AUGAACAAACUUUCUGGGUUUUUUGAUCUCCUGAAAGGACCACUUAAAAUCAUUUCUCAAAAUGGAAUGCUUAUGUCAAUCACAGCAGCCGUCUACCUAAUCCUCUACUCCAUUACCUUCAUCUUAAACACUGUCUCAGUCAAUCCAUUCAUCAUCGAUUUGACCCUCAAGACUUUUUCCUUAUUCACUGCACGUCCAGGGACACCUGAGUAUUUCGAACUUUUGGCUGCUAUCCGUGAAGAUAUAGGCAUAUUUCUAGGAAUCGAAACUGCUUAUGCUGUUUUCUCCUUCUUCUUUCAGAUAUUUGCCCAAACUGCUAUAAUUAUUAUUGCUUCAAGCUACUAUAGUGGCAAUAACUUGUCUCUCAAAGAACUUAUCUUGAAGGUAUCAAGAACAUGGACUAGACCAUUUGUCACUUUGUUUUACGUACAACUUCUUGCCUUUGGUUACAUGGGUUUCUUCUUUAUGCCAUUCUUGAUUGCAUCGCUUCUACUUACUGACCAUCCUAUCAUCCUGAUUGCGCUCCAGUUCAUCCUUGCUAUUCUUUUCAUCACAUUUUACCUUUAUCUAUCAGUUGUUUGGAGUUUGGGGGUAGUUGUGUCUGUGUUUGAGGAUACUUAUGGGCUUUCAGCACUAGGGAAUGCUAGAGAGCUUGUGAGGGGCAAGAGAGUCGAUGGGUAUCUUCUGAAUAUUUUCUUUAAUCUUGUGGUAUUCGCAAUUUUAUUGGUUGGAGCCAAACUAUCGCUUGCGAUGCCGCUUGUAGUUGGCUUGUUUCAAGUUGUUUUCGUAGGCGUGAUGAGCAUGUUUCAGUUCCUCGCAUACAGUGUGUAUUAUUAUCGGUGUAAAAAUAACAUGAAGAUAUCAGGAGGUUCGGUAUAUAGCCAGAUAUCGCAUGGACCUGUUGUUGAUGAAAACAUUCCAUAG